AUGUCUACUCUUACAUCUCUGCAUCUCAUUUUUGAUAGUCUUGCAGGGAAAGGUGGAGAGCGCAUUUAUGGCCCAUAUUUCCCAGUUGAGGAAAAUGAGUGUAAGCAUGAUAGGGAAGGGUUACUAUCAAUGGAUAGAAGAGACUGUAAUGAUCGUGGGUCUCAUUUUGUAAUAACAUCGGGAGCUGAUCACAGCCUUGAUAGCUCUCGCGUCAUUUUUGGCGAGGUUGUGGAUGGGCUUGAUGCGCUACAGGAUAAAACAUUUUUUGCAGCUAGUCAUAGGCCUUGGUAUUUGGAUGGUGUGGCGUCAGGUCCUCUCUAUAUGAUGGUGGCUCUCUACCCUAAAUCAUUCAGGUACUCACAAGGUUCUUCAAGGAAAUCUCAAGGGCCAAGUGGAUCAUGCCCAUCCUUCGAUCCAUCUUCUGCAGGGAAACGUCGAAAGGCGAGGAAUUUGGGUUUAAAUUUUCUAAUAAAAAAUUUGAUGAAGGUCAUGCAUUGUUCAAAAUCUAAAUAUACUGAUAUGAAUAGGAGAAUGAGACGUACACGUGUCCAGUUAGUGACUUUGGACUCCACGAAGGCUCUGGAGGUUCAAGUGGGAAAGCCAGCUGGCGUUGAGGGACAGAACGCGCAGGAGUUCUCGCACUAG